AGCCGCCACGCCCAGCGGCACCCCUAUCUAGUGAUAAGCAACCUUCAACUUUGGAAGAAGCAUCUGGCUUGCGGAUACUGUCGGUUAUCCUUGGAAUUUAUCCAGUUUAGGAAAACAAGUGAGCAGCUAACCCUCCACUGCCGGCUCACGACACCGGGAGAAAGUGGGUAAAAGAUAGUCGCGGCCACACAUCGCUUGCGGGCUGCGCGAAGCAGAACUAGGAAGCUUUGCUCGGGUCUGGACUUCGUCCCUCCCAGAUCUCUGAGCGAGCAAGCACUGCAGCCCGAGCCAAUUGCGAAAGACCAACAAAGCCCAGCCCAGCGGAAGGAACGGUUUCGGAGUUGUUUUUCUUUGAUAGGGGAGCUCUUCCUUGCUCUCGCCCCUACUCUUUCUGGUGUUAGAUCGAGCAACCCUCUAAAAGCAGUUUAGAGUGGUUGGAAAAGACACACCAAACGCUCCCAGCAACAAAAAGGAUGAAAUUCCUUCUGGACCUCCUCCUGCUUCUCCCCUUACUCAUCGUCUGCUGCCUAGAGUCCUUCGUGAAGCUUUUUAUUCCUAAGAGGAGAAAAUCAGUCGCCGGCGAAAUCGUGCUAAUUACAGGAGCUGGGCAUGGAAUUGGGAGACUGACUGCCUAUGAAUUUGCUAAACUUAAAAGCAAGCUGGUUCUCUGGGAUAUAAAUAAGCAUGGACUGGAGGAAACAGCCGCCAAAUGCAAGGGACUGGGUGCCAAGGUUUAUACCUUUGUGGUAGACUGCAGCAACCGAGAAGAUAUUUACAGCUCUGCAAAGAAGGUGAAGGCAGAAAUUGGAGAUGUUAGUAUUUUAGUAAAUAAUGCUGGUGUGGUCUAUACAUCAGAUUUAUUUGCUACACAAGAUGCUCAGAUUGAAAAGACUUUUGAAGUUAAUGUACUUGCACAUUUCUGGGCAGACAUUUCAGAAUUCUGGAAUUAUUUUGUAAACUCUCUCUUUAUUUUCAGUUCAAGCAAGUUUUCUGCUGUUGGAUUUCAUAAAGCUUUGACAGAUGAGCUGGCUGCCUUGCAAAUAACUGGAGUCAAAACCACAUGCCUCUGUCCUAAUUUUGUAAACACUGGCUUCAUCAAAAAUCCAAGUACAAGUUUAGGACCCGCUCUGGAACCUGAGGAAGUGGUAAACAGGCUGAUGAAUGGGAUUCUGACUGAGCAGAAAAUGAUUUUUAUUCCAUCUUCUAUAGCUUUUUUAACAAUAUUGGAAAGGAUCCUUCCGGAGCGCUUCCUGGCAGUUUUAAAAAGAAAAAUCAAUAUUAAGUUUGAUGCAGUUAUUGGAUAUAAAAUGAGAGCGCAAUAAGUGCCUAGUUUUCUGAAAACUGAUUUACCAAGUUUAGGUUGAUUCAUCUAAUAGUGUCAGAAUUUUAAUGUUUGAACUUUUGUUUUUUCUAAUUAUCCCCAUUUCUCCAAUAUCACCUUUGAGGCUUUGGCAGUCUUCAUUUACUACCACUUGUUCUUCAGCUAAAAGCUGACUACAUAUGAUAUAAACCGAGAAAUACCUUUAGAGGUGACUUUAAGGAAAAUGAAGAAAAAGAACCAAAAUGACUUUAUUAAAAUAAUUUCUAAGACUAUUUGUGGCUCACCUGAAGGCUUUGCAACAUUUCUACCAUAACUGUUUAUUUAAUAUAUAUUUUUAUUUUUGAUUGCACUUAAAUUUUGUGGGAUUUGUGUUUCUUUUUCUGUUCUACAUAAAAUCAGAAACUUCAAGCUCUCUAAAUAUAAUGAAGGACUAUAUCUAGUGGCAUUUCACAAUGAAUAUCAUGAGCUCUCAAUGAGUAAGUUUCAUCCUACCCAUUACCACUCUGUUUCCUGAGAGAUACCUCACAUUCCAAUGCCAGACAUUUCUGCACAGGGAAGCUAGAGGUGGAUACACAUAUUGCAGGUAUAAAAGCAUCAUUGGGAUUUAAGGAGAAUUGAGAGAAUGUAUCCACAAAUGGCAGCAAUAAUAAAUGGAUCACACUUAAA